AUGGCGGCGCGGGGCUGGCGGCGGGCGGCGGCGGCGGCGGCUGCGGUGCGGCCCGGCCCGGGACGGGCACCGGGAGCGGGUCCUGCCUCGGAACCGGUCCCAGGAGCCGCUGCCCCCGCCGCAGCCUCGGUCUACGUGCAUUGGCCCUACUGCCGCAAGCGCUGCUCCUACUGCAGCUUCAACACGUACGUGGUGCCGACGGUGGACGAGGCGGCCGUGCGCGCCUGCCUGGUGCAGGAGGCACGCACCCUGCUCCAGCUCAGCCAGGUGAAGAGCAUCACCUCUGUGUUCUUCGGUGGCGGCACCCCCAGCCUGGCCAGCCCUGGCACCAUCGCAGCGGUGCUGGAGGCUGUGGCAGGGGCUGCCCAUCUCCCUGCUGGUGCCGAGGUCACGCUGGAAGCCAACCCCAGCUCCACCACCACACAGCGCCUUGCUGGCUUCAAGGCAGCCGGUGUCAACCGCCUCUCCAUUGGCGUACAGUCACUGGACGAUGCUGAGCUGCGGCUGCUGGGCCGGGAGCACACAGCAGCAGAGGCACAGGCGGCCGUGGAGGCAGCACGGGGGCUGUUCCCUGGCCGGACCUCCAUCGACCUGAUCUUUGGGCUGCCGCGGCAGAGCCUGGAUGCUUGGACCCAGGGGCUGGAGGCAGCACUGGGGCUCUGCGAUGACCACAUCUCCCUGUACCAGCUGACGCUGGAGUGGGGCACAGCGCUGGCAGCACAGGUCCGGGGGAGAGCCCUGCCUGCACCCCCCCAGGACCUCCUGGCUGACAUGUACCAGGCAGCGCGCACCACACUGGUGGCUGCUGGCUUCCGGCACUAUGAGGUCUCCAACUUUGCAAGGAAGGGCGCCCUCAGCACCCACAACCUCUCCUACUGGCGGGCUGAGCAGUACCUCGGUGUGGGGCCUGGGGCACACGGGCGGUUUGUACCGCGGGGCGAGGGUGGCUGCAGCCGGGAGGCCCGUGUCCAGCUGCCGGAGCCCAUUGCCUGGAUGCGGGCGGUGCAGAGCCAGGGGCACGGCACCGGGAAGCGGGUGAUGCUGAGCCCGCUGGAGCAGCUGGAGGAGGUGCUCGCCCUGGGGCUGCGGACGGACGAGGGCAUCCCCCCCGAGCGCUGGGGCCGCUUCUCCCCCCACCUCAGCCUGGAGGCCGUGUUCGGGGCGCCGGGGCAGGCGCUGCAGCAGCAGCAGCAGCAGGGAUGGAUGGUGCUGGACGGCGGCGGCCUGCGGUGCACGGCGCGGGGCCUGGCGGUGCUGGACUCGCUGCUGCCCGACCUGCUCUGCCAGCUGCAGCGGGCCUGGGGCCCGGCCGCACCAGGACCUGCACCGGGACCCGGGCGGAAGGAUCCCGGUGCUGUACCUGGCGGUGAUGCGGUUGGACCGUAACCGGCGGUCGCUGCCUGCGGCUGCGCAGAAACCGAAGCGAGAGGGGCUCCUGCGCCUGCGCAGCGCCCGCGGGCAGCGGCGUUGUUGCCAUGGCGCCCGGCCGCGGAGCACGGCGGGGAAGCUUCGCUGAGCAUGGGGGGCCCCGGCCUGGGCUGACCCGGAGGGAGACCCCGGCCAGCAGCUCACAGGGUACGGCUCGAAGGGACGCCCCUGGGCAUGGCCCGGGGCAGGCACCGGGCCCAGCACCCCCGGUGCUCCCGAGCCGUGCGUUGACGCCACCGCAAACAGCGCCUUCCCCUCCCGUCCUCGUCAUCCUCGUGCCUUUCCUUCUGGAAAGGAGCUGCGACAGAUACAGGAUGAGGAUAAGGGGGCACAUAACCCUGCGGUGGGUUCGUGUCCGCUGAGGAUCUGCCUGGUGGCCCCUGUCCCUGGGGUCGGCUCGGAGUUGGUAUUUAAGGGCUAUUUUCCUAUUUAAGAGCUUGUGAAAAUCCGUGUCUUGCUGUUGGAAUUGUGCUCCGGAGCCCGGGUGGGAAACGGCAGGAAUUUGUUCUCCCUGCGGGAAGCACAAGGCUGUAUGUGUGUAAUGGGUAUAAUAAAGCGUGAGGCAGUCGAAUCCUG